UCUUUCAAUCUUCUCUUCCUCUGAUUUAAAAUUUCUUUCUUUUUACAUAUUUUAGUAGCAAUUGGAUUCUGUAAAGUUGUUGGUAAGAGAAAAAGUUAGAUACGAAUCAAAACAUUUUUGGAUGAUACCUUUCAUUUAGUGUAGGUGAUUAAAUUGCUAAGCAAAACAUCUGUUCUUUUUUUCGUUGUAAUUUGUUUUUUUGAAAGUCAGGUAUGGUAAGAGAUUCUGGUGGUGGUGGUGUUCUUCAUCUAUGGAUUAAGCUACAAAGGUUUGCUUUUGUUUGUUUUGUCGCUUUGACAAUCUGCUGCUGUUUCAGUUUUUGUGCUUAUUUCAUUAAGUAUCAUAGCUUGGAGUUUGAUUUUGUAUCUGGGUUCUGAGGAAUUUAUAACAACUUUGAGAAAGUUGCCAAGUACUGUGAUCUUAGAUCUAAGGAAUAAAAGAGACUGUGUUCAAACUUUCUUAACUCGUUGCCAAGUACUGUGAUGAUUUUCUAUUGGUACAUUCUAGCUUUUGAUUUCAGAAACAACAAGAUUCAGAUUGUUUCCUAAAGCUGAGUGUGCUCUACUAUUGAACUUUGAUUUGGCUUGUUUAGUUUUUCUUUGGGCAAAGUUUGAGGAUUUAUCCAAAUUCAGUUUUUGUUUUGUUCUGGUGUGAGACUGUGAUGUUCUUACGGAAUGUUGCUAUUUUUGUUUCUCUUUUCUUAUUGGGUUGAGGUUUUGGUGAAGGGAUUAAAAUAAGUUUGGGGAAAGAAGAAAUGUGCAAGUGUUAUGUCAGUGUAGAGGGGACGUUUCUGCAGAAUCUUAGCUGUUAUUUGAUGCUGCUUCUAUUCUAUCUUGUUCAUGGAGGCUGGUCUUGACAUUUUCUUUAGAUUUCUAAAAAUGUGUUUUAAUAACAACGAAACUGGUGAUGAAGUGAAAACCGAGAGGCAAGUGUUUGUUUCAUCCGAAGAAGAUGAAUUUCGAGUUGAAGAUACUCCUGGAGAUGAUGCCAACAAUUUGAUACAGAUUUCUCAACAACAACAGCAACCGCUAGCUCCUGUUGUUAAGUGGGAGAGGUAUCUCCCGGUUAGAUCGCUUAAGGUUCUUCUGGUGGAGAAUGAUGACUCAACACGCCAUAUUGUUACUGCCCUUUUGAAGAAUUGCAGCUAUGAAGUUAAUGCUGUUUCGGAUGUCCUUGAAGCCUGGAGAAUUCUAGAAGAUGAGAAGAGUUGCAUUGAUCUUGUCUUAACAGAGGUUGUCCUGCCUGUCCAUUCUGGAACCGGUCUGUUGUCCAAGAUUAUGAGCCAUAAGACACUUAAGAACAUCCCCGUCAUAAUGAUGUCAUCUCAUGAUUCUAUGGUUCUGGUCUUUAAGUGUUUGUCGAAUGGUGCUGUUGAUUUUCUCGUGAAGCCCAUUAGAAAGAACGAACUAAAGAAUCUUUGGCAACAUGUCUGGAGAAAAUGUCACAGCUCUAGCGGAAGCGGAAGUGAGAGUGGAAUACAGGACAAGAAGUCGGUGAAACCUGAAAGCACUGAAGGGUCAGAAAAUGAUGCCAGCAUCAGUGAUGAACUCGAGACGGAAGAUGGGAGUAGUGGUGGUUUGAGUAACCGAGAUGGUGGAAGUGAUAAUGGGAGUGGAACUCAGAGUUCUUGGACCAAAAGAGCCAGUGAUACUAAGAGCACCUCGCCUUCAAAUCAAUUGCCCGAUGCACCCAAUAAGAAAGAAACCUAUGAAAAUGGAUCGGUACAUGUUAAUAAACCGAAGGAGGUUGAAGAUCAGAAAGAACAAAUAGAUGAUAUUGUAAUAGGCACGGGAUCACAGACAGGAAUGUCUAUGAGUAAGAAAGCUGAAGAACACGGAGAUCUGGAAAAGGAUGCAAAGUAUUCUGUUCAAGCUUUGGAGAGAAACAAUGAUGACAUGCUGAAUCGCUCUUCUGGUAACUCACAAGUAGAAAGCAAAACAUCUUCAUCUAACCGAGAAGUUUUGCAAUCACUCGAGCAAACUCUGAAAAAACCAAGAGAGGCUGGAGAUUACAGAAUCGGUGAUCAAAGUGUUUUGAGGCAUUCAAAUCACUCUCCGUUCUCAAAAUACAAUAAUGAUGCUACUUCUGCUAAUAAGGCUCCAGAAGAAAACAUGGGAAGUUGUUCUCCUCAUGGCAGUCCUGUUGGGAAACUGUUGGGUUCGGGUUCGAGCAGUGACAAUCCUUUAAAUCAGCAGUCUAGUGGAAGUGACCGAUCGGCACAAAGAGAAGCUGCUUUGAUGAAGUUUCGCCUUAAACGUAAAGAGCGAUGUUUUGAGAAGAAGGUUAGGUACCAUAGCAGGAAGAAACUAGCUGAGCAACGGCCUCGCGUCAAAGGUCAAUUCAUUCGCAAGAAGUGACGACAGUUGAACAACAAAAUUGGUAUAGAAGAGAGAUCCAUUUCUAAUAUCUGAAGAACCAGAAGAAACUUUCACAAAGUGGCAUUUUUUUUUUUUUUCCAUUUUUAAAAAUAAAAGAGUAGUCUUGUCUAAAUAUCGUAUUUUCUAUUCUACAAACAUAAUAAUGUUGCUAUAGUAUUUCUUCUCUAAAAACAAUCAUUUACUCAUUAA